GAGCGCCGCCGCCGCUGCCGCCCUGCCUUUGCUUCCUGCUCCGUUCCCGGCUGCAAGCUGAUGGAGGACGAGGAUGGGGAAGAUCGGGCGCUGCUUGGGGGCCGCCGCGAGGCGGACAGCGCAGUCCAGGGCGCCCCUCGCGCUCUGCCCGCGCUCUGCGACCCCAGCCGCCUGGCGCACCGGCUUGUGGUGCUGUCGCUCAUGUGCUUCCUUGGCUUCGGCAGCUAUUUCUGCUAUGACAACCCCGCUGCCCUUCAGACUCAAGUUAAACGGGACAUGCAAGUGAAUACCACGAAAUUCAUGCUGCUGUAUGCCUGGUAUUCUUGGCCCAAUGUAGUUUUGUGUUUCUUGGGUGGCUUUUUGAUAGACCGCAUAUUUGGAAUACGAUGGGGCACAGUCAUUUUUAGCUGCUUUGUUUGCAUCGGACAGGUUAUUUUUGCUCUGGGUGGUAUAUUUAAUGCCUUUUGGCUAAUGGAGCUUGGGAGGUUUGUGUUUGGGAUUGGUGGAGAGUCCUUAGCAGUUGCCCAGAAUACAUACGCUGUGAGUUGGUUUAAAGGCAAAGAAUUAAACCUGGUGUUUGGACUUCAACUCAGCAUGGCCAGAAUUGGAAGCACAGUGAACAUGAACCUCAUGGGAUGGCUGUAUGGGAAGAUUGAAGCAUCACUGGGCUCAGCUGGCCACAUGACCCUGGGCGUGACACUUAUGAUUGGGUGUAUAACGUGCAUUUUUUCACUAAUCUGUGCUUUGGCCCUUGCUUAUUUGGAUCGGAGAGCAGAGAAAAUACUUCACAAAGAACAAGGAAAAACAGGUGAAGUCAUUAAGCUGAGGGAUAUAAAGGACUUCUCAUUAUCCCUGAUCCUGGUCUUCAUCAUCUGUGUCUGCUACUACGUGGUGGUGUUUCCGUUCAUUGGGCUGGGCAAAGUUUUCUUCAUGGAGAAAUUCAAAUUCUCUUCCCAGUCAGCAAGUGCAAUUAACAGUAUCGUGUAUAUCAUAUCAGCUCCCAUGUCCCCAGUAUUUGGACUCUUGGUGGAUAAAACAGGCAAGAACAUCAUCUGGGUCCUGUUUGCGGUGGCCGCCACCCUCGUGUCCCACAUGAUGCUGGCCUUCACCUUUUGGAACCCAUGGAUUGCUAUGUGUCUCCUGGGGUUCUCCUACUCAUUGCUGGCCUGUGCAUUGUGGCCCAUGGUGGCAUUCAUAGUUCCUGAACACCAGCUGGGGACUGCAUAUGGAUUCAUGCAGUCUAUUCAGAACCUCGGGCUGGCCGUGAUCGCCAUCCUUGCUGGCAUGAUACUGGAUUCGCAGGGAUACUUGCUGCUGGAGGUGUUCUUCAUUGCCUGUGUUUCUUUGUCACUGUUGGCUGUGGUCUGUCUGUAUUUGGUGAACCGUGCUCAAGGAGGGAAUCUAAAUUAUUCUGCAAAACAAAGGGAACGGAUGAAGCUCUCUCAUCCAGAAUAAAGCCAUGAGAAGGGAUAGCAUUCACCGCUGACUGGAAACCCUCAGGAAGAUUUUCUCUUUUAAAACGUCAUGUAGGAAAAUAAUAGAGUGGAAAAUAUAUUUAUAUUUGAAAUAUACCUACUUAAAGUGGUUCAUGCAGACUAUUUUAGCCUUUCAUAACCAUGUGUUGUGAAAGAUUUCUGGUCAACAGUGAGCAGUUUAGGGACUCUGGAACAUUCAGGCAAGGACCUCUGAAAGGAUCUGCAUCUUCUGCUGGGGAGAUUUUUAAUAAGUGCGUCCUUCGGAUGUAGCCUUUCCUUUGUAUUUUAGCAGGAAAAAGGGAAAAGCCCACAAAACAGGAGGGCCUGGGGUAGAAGGCUGUUACAUACACAAUAAAGAAUGACAUUUUAAUUGUACUCACUGUGUCCUAGAAAACAAUAUGUAAUUGAUCCAUUUUUCCCACUAGGAGAUUAUGUAUGAAUGUCAUUAGUGAUGGCUGCUGAGCAGCAAACCUUUGGAAGCUUUUUUUCCUUUUUCUUAAAGACAAUAAAAGUGUCCUUCAGUUU